UUUUCUACGAUUUAACCUCUUUUAAUUUACAAAAUUGUAUUUGGAUUUACUAGAAGACUCGUCAAUAAUUGCAUUUAUCCAAGAAAGGCUUUCUUGGAAGUUUUAUGCGGUCAACAACUCGUUGUAAUCGACGGCUCUCCGACGUCGGAUCUGAAAAGCAUUGUCGAGGCAGGUCGUGCGGCGCCACGAGAUCACCGAAGUUCCAAGGCUCGGCUGGGACAAGGAUUCCAUGUAACCAGCGAUUACUUUUGGAUCAUUUUUUCAUUCUCAUACGGAAGGUUACCAGCCGAGGAUUGUGAAAAUUCGUUCAACAGAGGGAUUAUUGCCGUCGUAGGGGAGGGGAAUCAAUCGAGACAAAGGUAAAGAAGAAGACCCGAGAAGAGCCUGCUAACAAGACGGGAAAGGGGCUUAAAAUCAACAAUAAAGAUCGAGAGCUCGGAGGGUGGAAGUGUGUUCGCCGCCGCGGAGGAUUGGCAUUGUCCGACCGCUUGUGCGCACAGGGAGGGGUGGCGGACUAUCGCACAUCUACUCGGAUUACUGAAGUAUCCCCCGAUUUCCCUCAAAAAAGGAUACAUUCAAGAUGUAUCCACAGGGCCGGCAUCCGGCACCACACCAACCAGGGCAGCCUGGCUUCAAGUUCACCGUGGCCGAGUCCUGCGACAGGAUCAAAGACGAGUUUCAGUUCCUGCAGGCCCAGUACCACAGUCUCAAAGUGGAGUACGACAAACUGGCCAAUGAGAAGACAGAGAUGCAGCGUCACUAUGUCAUGUACUAUGAGAUGUCCUAUGGGCUGAACAUUGAGAUGCACAAACAGACUGAGAUUGCUAAACGGCUCAACGCAAUUCUCGCACAGAUCAUGCCUUUCCUGUCACAAGAGCACCAGCAGCAGGUUGCUCAGGCUGUUGAGCGUGCCAAGCAGGUCACGAUGACUGAGCUCAAUGCCAUCAUCGGGCAACAGCAACAUGCUGUCUACCCAGCCUUCAUGCAACAGCAGCUCCAGGCUCAGCACCUGUCCCACGCUGCCCACGGUGGGCCACCCAUCCAGAUGCCCCCGCACCCCUCGGGCCUACAGCCCCCUGGCAUACCCCCCAUCCCUGGCGUGGCAGGCUCCGGUCUGCUGGCGCUGGGCGCUCUGGGCAGCCAGGCCCACCUGCCCUCCGUCAAGGACGAGAAGAACAACCACGACCUGGAGCACAGAGGCCUGUCAUCCUUUCACUCCCCCCUGGCGAUCCCUCUGGUAAAAGAACGAGAGUCGAGCACGAAUAACUCUGUGUCUCCGUCGGACAGCCUGCGUGCAGCCAGCGAUAAACACCGCAGUUCCUCUGAUUAUAGCAUGGACUCCAAGAAACGCAAGGUGGAGGAGAAGGACGCUAUGAGCAGAUACGAUAGCGAUGGAGACAAAAGUGACGACCUGGUCGUGGAUGUGUCCAAUGAGGACCCAGCCACUCCCAGGGCUAGCCCCGCCCAUUCUCCUCCAGAAAACGGUCUGGACAAAUCACGGGCCCUAAAGAAGGACGCCCCCAACAGCCCCGCCUCCGUGGCCUCCUCCGGCAGCACGCCCUCCUCCAAAGCCAAGGACCACGCCCACAAUGAUAAAUCAUCCACGCCGGGCCUGAAGUCUAACACCCCCACACCUCGUAACGAUGCCCCCACACCAGGCACCAGCACCACCCCUGGUCUACGGCCCAUCAUGGGUAAGCCCUCGGGCAUGGAGGCACUGGCUGCUCCAGCCCUGCGUACCCCUUUGUCCAUAGCUGGCUCCUACGCCACGCCCUUCGCCAUGAUGGGCCACCAUGAGAUGAACGGCUCCCUGACCAGCCCCGGGGUCUACGCCGGCCUCCACAUCUCCCCCCAGAUGAGCGUGGCCGCUGCUGCGUACGGACGCUCGCCCAUGGCGGGGUUUGACCCUCACUCCCACAUGAGACCAGGCCUGCAAGCCAGUCUCACAUCCAUCUCUGGAGGGAAACCUGCCUACUCCUUUCAUGUGAGCGCCGACGGCCAGAUGCAGCCGGUGCCCUUUCCCCCGGACGCUCUCAUAGGCCCGGGCAUCCCACGCCACGCUCGCCAGAUCAACACGCUGAGCCACGGCGAGGUGGUGUGCGCCGUCACCAUCAGCAACCCCACGCGCCACGUCUACACCGGUGGCAAGGGCUGCGUUAAGAUCUGGGACAUCAGCCAGCCGGGCAGCAAGAGUCCCGUGUCCCAACUGGACUGCCUGAACAGGGACAACUACAUCCGCUCCUGUAAGCUCCUCCCUGAUGGCCGCACCCUGAUUGUGGGCGGUGAGGCCAGCACGCUGACCAUCUGGGACCUGGCCUCUCCGACGCCACGUAUCAAGGCGGAGCUCACCUCCUCGGCCCCCGCCUGCUACGCUCUGGCCAUCUCCCCCGACGCCAAAGUCUGCUUCUCCUGCUGCAGUGAUGGGAACAUCGCCGUCUGGGACCUGCACAACCAGACCCUGGUCAGGCAGUUCCAGGGCCACACGGACGGCGCCAGCUGUAUCGACAUCUCCCACGACGGGACCAAGCUGUGGACCGGAGGUCUGGACAACACCGUCCGCUCAUGGGACCUGAGGGAGGGACGCCAGCUCCAGCAGCAUGACUUCACCUCCCAGAUCUUCUCUCUAGGCUACUGCCCCACAGGGGAGUGGCUGGCAGUGGGCAUGGAGAGCAGCAACGUGGAGGUUCUCCAUCACACCAAGCCGGACAAGUACCAGCUCCACCUGCAUGAGAGCUGCGUCCUCUCGCUGAAGUUCGCCUACUGUGGUAAAUGGUUUGUGAGCACGGGGAAGGACAACCUCUUGAAUGCCUGGAGGACUCCGUACGGUGCCAGCAUAUUCCAGUCAAAGGAGUCCUCUUCCGUCCUGAGCUGCGACAUCUCUGCAGACGACAAGUACAUCGUGACGGGCUCUGGAGACAAGAAGGCCACAGUGUACGAGGUGAUCUACUAGAAACACCAGUUUGACCCCUCCUCCUAGUGGCCUGACGAGGGGAGCUGCUAGCCCCUCCUCCUCCUCUUACUUCACUCACCACACCCCCUAACCUCAAAGACCACCAGGGAUUGGACUACAGACCAUGUCGGCUCCCGGAUUGGUGCUCAGAAGGCACCAUGAACUCUGCUUGGCAGUUGGCCUGGCUAUGAUUGGCUAUCGGGUGCAGACUAUAACCCAAUGGGCACUGAAGAUGUAAAUUGUCUUGCUGUUUUUUGAUCUGUUCCUGGGCCUGUUUCUGAGGGUUUAUUUUUGAAGGUGAUGAUUGUUUCUGUAAUGUGACUGGAUGAAGCGGUGCUUUGUCUUUACAACAGUUGCUCCCUGGACGUCUUGUGAAAAUUGUACAUAAUGGAGUAAUAAAGACAUUUUAUAUAUAUAUUAUAAAUAUAUAUAUCUAUUUUCAUGUCCUGGUGUACUUGUGACGUUUUUGCUUUUGGCCUCUCCCUUCUGCUUGAUAUUCAAGGGAGAACAGAAAGUAGAAUAAGCUUCUUCUUUUUUAAAUCUUUUUUUCUUUUUUUUUGAGUGUUGAAGCACGUUCUCCAGGCUGACCUUUUUCCAAAUCAAAUGGAAAUGUCUCUCCAAAAACGAAAUGGUCAACCAGAACACUUUGUGGAGAUUCAAAUAUGAGUUUUGGGAUGGUGACCUUUUUUUUUGGAACUACGAAAAUGUCUGGGAAGUGGAGCCUGCCGGCUCAGGCAGAGCCACGGAACUCUGUGGAAUACCACAGGACCCCCGCUUGGACCGGCCUAUCAGAGGAGACUGGGGGAUCAGCGAGAGGAGGAGAACAAUGUAAAUUAAAACCAUAUUAAAGAAACUAACUACUACUUUCUCUGUGCCCUUUUAUGACCCGUCUCUCUUACGUCUUGGAUGGUGUUUUGGGUCGUCUGGUUGAUGUUGAACGAUGACCUUCAAUUCUACUGGAUUAUUACUAGUACGGGCUGACGGACUGGGCUUAUCGGCCGCUUCCCCAGUUCAUAUGGCUGGCCGGACACAAUCUGAACUAGUACGGGCUGACGGACUGGGCUUAUCGGCCGCGUCCCCAGUUCAUAUGGCUGGCCGGACACAAUCUGAACUAGUACGGGCUGACGGACUGGGCUUAUCGGCAGCUUCCCCAGUUCAUAUGGCUGGCCGGACACAAUCUGAACUAGUACGGGCUGACGGACUGGGCUUAUCGGCCGCGUCCCCAGUUCAUAUGGCUGGCCGGACACAAUCUGAACAUUGAGUCUGGACCUAAAUCUAAUGUAGAACAACCCACAGGGUCAUCUAGACGGGGGGGUUAAGGAGAACAUGCUUCUAUGGAAUCCAUUGAUUUGAUCCUCUAUCCUCAUUUAUCAGUACAUCAUCAUAACCGGACUUGGAUUCCAGUCGAUAUACAGUGCCUGUUAAGUGCUAGGGUUGGCUAUUAGGAUCUUUCAAAAUGUACAACAGAAGUUAGCAUUGUGACCAGCAUCUACAUAAUGUUCAGUACCGAGUAGGAUGAAGGUGCCUCUAGACACGGAUCUGUUUGGUACCCAAAUGGUACUGAGGGUAAGAUGCUCUGUGUCUAAGGGGAAUAUCUUCCUCCAUCGUUCAGCUGUUGGGGGGGACACUCAUUGUUCACUGCGCCCCAAUACCCGCCUUUCCUUCAGUCAUAACGAGGGGUGAAAUGUGAGCGUCUCCAAUUCACAACCAAAGUAUGUAGCAAAACUGUGUCAGCACUGAACAUAAUGUACAGUUGAUGAUCAUUCAAUAAACUGUUGUUUUUUUUUGUAGAAA